CUUCUGCCGACCGGUGCUUUGUGAACAUUUACCUGCGUACUCUGUGGUGCCUGUUUGUAGUGUGCGCUCUCAGAUCAGUGUUUAGGAUCGUUGCUGUGAAGUUGCUCUAGUUCCUGCCAAAAGCUUUCAGUGGUUUUUUAACAUGUUCCGAUCAAUUAUAUUCGUGACCCUGUUCACCGUGUGCCUCGCCGGUAUCAUUCACCACCGGCAGGACGAUGAAGAAGUGGCAGAAACCGAGCAUCACCACAACAUCGACCACAAGCAUGCGACCUCACACCAGAGCUUCAAGUUCCAUCACUUCCACGCUGUUCCAGUUUACGUUAAAAAGGAGGAUCAACAAUUCCUGAAGCACCCGGUAGAGGUGUCAGGACUAAAGCAUAACCUAAAGAUUGUCCACCCAGAAACGGAACACAGCCACGGCCAUGGUUUGACACUGGAAAACCACAGUGAAUUCGACAGUAAGCUGCACGGUGGACACGGCUACGAUCUGGGUCACGCCGGUUCGGAGCAUGUGGCCCAGGAUUACGGUCACGAGUACGAGCACCACUACGGCCAGCUGGAUGAUGGUGACGAGAGCUAAGCUGUUGGAUGCCAUUACUGCGUGUAGAGCUGAACAGUGCAGUGCAGACGCAGUAGAAUUUUGGUUUUAUUUAUGAAUGUGAUAUAGUCAACUACUUGAUAAGUAUUGAAAAGUUUGCCUCCUGCGAGAAGGGGAGCAAAUCGUAAUUUAUCUAAUGUUAGUGUCUUCCAUUGUUAUUUUUUUCAAUUUGUUGAACAAUCAUCGCCCUUCUCCAUAAAUAUGGUAUAAUUGUGA